GGGGGGGUUGCGCGUGUGGGAAAGACGAACAAAGGCCCUGGACGGCCGCGAUUGACCGAGGAACUCCGAGAGAAGCAUGCGGCCUCGAGAGCAGAUAUGCAGAAGCGACUGCAUAAAAUACGGAGGGAGAAGAUGGCCAAUUUGUGUAGAAGUAUAAGCGUGCACUACAAGCUGAAAGAGAGCUUGUCACAGUUUGAAGUGGUAGCGGAAUUCGUGCGGAGGCAAGGAUGGAUCGUGGAGGGGAGCGGGUUAGCUACCCCGCCGAUGAGCGAUGGAAUGGUGGGCGGGGGGGUCAUCAUGGGGAUGGGGGACGUCGUGGGGAUGGGGGAUAUCAUAGAGAUCGACGAGGAGGAGAUGGAGGAUGAUGAGAUGGGUGAUCAGGAGACGGGUGACGAUGAGAUGGGGUAUAGGGGGCCGGCUACGGUGAUGCGAAGUGUUGGGGUUCUGCUGUCUAUAUGCUCGCUUCUGACGGAUCCAAAUGCUGACGAUCCUCUCGUUCCUGAGAUUGCGCACAUGUACAAGUCAGACAGGGUGAAGUAUGAGGCAACAGCACGAAGCUGGACCCAGAAGUAUGCAAUGGGCUAGACAGUGGUAGUUGGUAGGGUGGAGUGCCUGGGAGAUCAAUUUCCUGUCUGUUAGAGCAUGUAUGUCAUGGAUGGGAUGGAAGUUGAGGGGAAGAGGGAGAGUGGAAAGAAGGGGCGGGGGGG